UCCGUCGCUGACCGCUUCGUUUCCGUGCAGGUGCUGGUGAACACGGCCUGCUGUGUCCUGAUGCUGGUCGCUAAGCUGAUCCAGCGCGUGGUGUUCGGCCCGCUGCGCGUCAGCGAGAGGCAGCAUCUCAAGGAUAAGUUCUGGAAUUUCAUCUUCUACAAGUUCAUCUUCAUUUUUGGCGUGCUCAAUGUUCAGACAGUGGAAGAAGUGGUCAUGUGGUGCCUCUGGUUCUCUGGGCUUGUGUUUCUUCAUCUCAUGGUCCAGCUCUGCAAGGAUCGCUUUGAAUAUCUGUCCUUCUCUCCGACAACACCCAUGAGCAGCCACGUCAGAGUCCUGACCCUGCUUGUGGCCAUGCUGCUGUCCUGCUGCGGGCUGGCAGUCGUCUGUGGUGUUAUUGGCUACACCCAUGGGAUGCACACCUUGGCUUUCAUGGCAGCAGAGUCUCUGCUGGUGACAGUCAGAACUGCUCAUGUGAUUUUGCGAUACGUAAUUCAUCUCUGGGAUCUCAACCAUGAAGGAACGUGGGAAGGUAAAGGCACAUACGUGUACUACACGGAUUUCGUCAUGGAGCUGACCUUGCUGUCGCUGGACUUGAUGCAUCAUAUCCAUAUGCUGCUGUUUGGCAAUAUCUGGCUGUCGAUGGCAAGCCUGGUGAUCUUCAUGCAGCUGCGCUACCUGUUCCAUGAGGUGCAGCGAAGGAUUCGGCGGCACAAGAACUACCUGCGUGUGGUUGGAAACAUGGAGGCCCGGUUUGCAGUUGCAACACCUGAGGAGCUAGCAGUCAAUAAUGAUGACUGUGCCAUCUGCUGGGACUCCAUGCAGUCCGCGAGGAAGCUCCCCUGCGGCCACCUCUUCCACAACUCCUGUCUGCGAUCCUGGCUGGAACAAGACACAUCUUGCCCGACGUGCAGAAUGUCUCUUAAUAUCACUGACAGCCAUCACGUGAGAGAGGAUCACCAGAGGGAGAAUCUAGAUGAGAACCUGGUCCCUGUGGCAGUAGCAGAAGGCAGACCACGCUUGAACCAGCACAAUCACUUCUUCCACUUUGAUGGCUCUCGAAUUGCCAGCUGGCUGCCCAGUUUUUCAGUAGAAGUGAUGCAUACUACCAAUAUCCUUGGUAUCACACAAGCCAGCAACUCCCAGCUCAAUGCUAUGGCUCACCAGAUUCAGGAGAUGUUCCCUCAGGUUCCUUACCACGUAGUCCUGCAGGAUCUGCAGCUGACCCGUUCUGUAGAGAUAACCACCGACAACAUCUUGGAAGGGCGCAUCCAGGUGCCUUUCCCCACACAGCGUGCAGAGGCUGUUAGACCUGCUGCUAGCAGUUCUGUGGAACGGCACAGCACUGACCAGGACACUGGGACAGUCACCCAGACCAAAAGAGUGCCACUUGAACUCAACUCAAGACUGGAAGAAAUGGGAGAACUGAGCGAAGUGGAGGCAGAACCCAGUGAAGAAGAAGAUUUUGAAGCCAGGGGAAGUCGCUUUUCAAAGUCAGCUGAUGAGAGGCAGCGCAUGUUGGUUCAGCGGAAGGAGGACUUGUUGCAGCAAGCUCGAAAGCGGUACUUGAACAAAACCUCAGAUGAAGAGCUGAGCACGGAGAAGCCCUCAGUGUCUGAGGGAGCCUCUGCUGACCCGGUCACACUGCGCCGCAGGACGCUGGCAGCCGCCGCCGAGCGGAGACUGCAGAUGCAGCAGAACUCAUAGCACUCACUGCUUCUCCUUCCUCCUCCUCGUGAGCAAUGUUGAAUAAAAGAAAUGAAAUACAAAAACC